AUGAAGGGCUACCAGGAAACGGACGAGGCAAUCCAGAGUUCAGUCAUCACGAAGCUCAAAGGCGUCUCAGUCACGAACACGACUGAGUCUGGGGUCCUGGUGUGGGGUCCUGAGGAUUAUGUCAUCCCUCCACAGGGGGAGGCUGUUCUGUUUGUUGUGACCAAUUUCCUGGAGACUCCAAACCAGGGGCUUGGAUACUGUGCUGAGGGUGGCUCCAUUAGCAUUAUGAUCGACUGGGACUGUGAUCUCGAUAAAGGCUACUCCCAAUGCCAUCCCCAAUACUUCUUCACUCGCCUGGACACAAGUGUUUCCAACGAGAGCAUCACUGUCGGAUUCAAUUUUAGGUACUAA